AUGGAUACAACCACCAUCGAGACGUCUCCGAGCGGACACAAAGACAGCUUCGUUGCAUCUCGCAAUGAUUCGGGCUGGGCUGACAGUGGAUCGCUGACUGGAGACGUCGAUGCCGGGCCCCAGGUUGUGGCUGAUGGAAACCCAAACACACAAUUCGCGUUCAAGUGGCCUUCUGUUAACGAUAAUGGGAUCCCACCAAAGUCUUCAGAUAGCCGGAAGAAUGGCGACGACCUCGGGCUGCAUAUCGAGCCGGCCACACCAUCAAGUCUCUUUAAUCGGACUGUGGAGCGCAGCACUAGGACAUCGAUUGCCGACGACUGCAUUUCUCCUGGAACUGCUGCGCCCACGAGGAACAAACUCAGCAUACCCAACAACGUCGAUGUGAUUGCACACGCACGGAAUCCAGCGGCUUUGCACCCUGUACAACCAUUCGAUAAGAGCAUAGCCACUGUCGGACGAGUUCAGAAGUCUGUGGUCGAGAUCAACACGACGAUCUGCAUAGAAGAAUCUCAUUGGCAUCGCAACAAGCCACAACGCUUGCUUUCCYACCAAAGCCUCUCCACCAGCUCUUCCGAGAGUUCCGAAGAAGACUUACCACGCCAUCCAAAUGCCAGAUCUUCUGGUUCCUCAAGUUCAGAUGACUGGAUGAUGGCUGAAGAACAGCUUACUCCCUCCAGUCCCGAAGACCGAAAAUCUGGAGACAGCAGCUGUCAUGCGUCGGGAUCGCGCAAAUCCUCGAAGUUUAUCACAAAGCCGAGUUUGAAAGCUCAUGAGCGUCAUGCGUCUCCCCACAACUGUCAGAGAAAGUCAAGAGAUAGUUUCCCGUCUUCUAUAGGCAGACCAAAGGAGGUCGGGGCGAAGGGUGCCGCCCGUCCAUUGAGACAUUACAGCUAUGGAGCGACGUUGGACCUCCCACCGAUGGGCAUACAGACCCAUCGUGACACUGAGGAUUGUCAAGUCAGUGAGAACGAGGCAGUCAUUGAAGCCACAGAUUUGGUCAUGUCAGCGACGACUCCGCAAACCCUGACGGAACUGCAGGCGCAGUUGGAUCAAAGAGAGGAACCCUUGACGUUCCUCCAGAAGUGUAUGAUCGGGGGUCUCCUCGUGCUCGCCAACACAGCUUUCCUUGGCUCGAGCGUGUUCUUACUACUCAGGCCGAAAGUGUGGAACGAAAGUCGGUUUGCUCUGGCUGCGAUACCGUUGACGGUCUGGUUAUGUCUUGUUCUUCAAAUUAUGCAACAUCGCCGUGGCCGUCGCCGUAGUCGAUUGCUUCGGAGCGAGGACGAUGGCUCAUUGCCAUAA